UAUCCAACACCUACGCUGUUGUUUCAGGGUUUCAACUAGGAGUCAUGCAACAAGUAAGGUGGACUCUACAACUCUCUGCUUAACUCCAUUGAUAACCUUGUAGCUGCCGGAGUUACGCAUGUUUGGCUCCCACCUCCCUCCCAUUCUGCUGCAAAUGCAUCUCAAGGAUAUAUACCAGGAAGAUUAUAUGAUUUAAAUGCAUCCAAGUACGAAAAUGAAGAAGAACUGAAGUCGUUGAUCCGAUCUUUCAAGGACAAAGGAAUCAAAGUGGUUGCGGACAUAGUUAUAAACCAUUGGACAGCCGAAAAGCAAGACGCUAGAGGAAUAUUGUGUAUAUUUGAAGGUGGAACCCCCGACGACCGCCUUGAUUGGGGCCCGUCUCUUAUCUGCAAAGACGACACUGAGUACUCCGAUGGAAACGGGAAUCUAGACACCGGAGGAAACUUCAGUGGAGCACCGGAUAUUGAUCACCUUAACCCUAGAGUCCAAAAGGAGUUAUCCGAUUGGAUGAAUUGGUUAAAGACCGAUAUAGGUUUUGAUGGGUGGCGGUUUGAUUACACAAGAGGGUAUUCUUCAAGUAUAGCCAAGGUGUAUAUGAAGAAUACAUCUCCUGAGUUUGCGGUUGGAGAGUACUGGAAUGCGGUGGCUAGAGGGCCAGAUGAAAAGUUGGAAUAUAACCAAGAUCUCCAUCGAAAUGAAAUAAUGAAUUGGGUGUAAGAAAGUGGUGGUGGUUCAUUAAUAGCUUUUGAUUUCACUACAAAGUAUAUACUUCAAGCAGUUGUGGAAGGUGAGUUGGGGCGGUUGAUCGACGCGAAUGGUAAGCCGCCAGGGCUGAUUGGAGUCUUGCCGGAAAAUGCGGUGACCUUUAUCGAUAACCAUGACACUGGAUCAACCCAGAAGAUUUCGCCAUUUCCAUCUGAUAAAGUUAUGCAAGGAUAUGCAUACAUUCUCACCCAUCCAGGCAUCCCAUUAUUGUUCUUCGACCACUUCUUUGAUUGGGGCCUAAAAGACGAGCUCACAAAGUUAUCUGCGGUGAGAGCGAGUAGCGGGAUCAGUGCAACGAGCCAAGUGAAGAUACUGGUGUGUGAAGCGGAGCUUUAUGUGGCUGAGAUUGAUGAAAAAAUCAUCGUGAAAAUCGGCCCAAAGAUGGAUCUUGGAAAUCUUAUUCCAGAGAACUUUAAAGUUGCCACUUCUGGGGAGAAGUAUGCAGUAUGGGAUAAAGAACCUUGAUUUGA